UCGGGUCGCAUUAUCGUGUAGCUGUAGAAAAGUUCAACGGAAAAUGCGAUGUUAGCGUUAGUUUAUUGCACACGAGAUUGAUUAAGAGGCUCGACCCCGCCGUUUACUGUAGAGCAGCAAUAUGGUCGAACUUCAACCGAACCAGAACAGUGCGAGUACAGUACGCCGUUGAUCUACAACGGGUGCUUAUGAUGUCGCACUUCCUGUCGAGAUGUGUGGUUUACGUCACCAUCAUGCUACACACUCAAAUAUUUGUCGUAGACUGCAGAUCAUGCCUAGAGUGCAACUCUAAACAAGGGAACUGCUCCGAGAGCACGACAUCACACGCCAUCCAAGGGCAGUGCAGCCGACAAUUCAACUACUGCAGCGUGUACAAGACCACUAACAGCUCCGGACACACAACGGAAUUCAGCCGAGGAUGUAUCGAUUGCUUUGGUCAGAAUACGUAUACGCACGAUAAUUUAUUGACUAAUAAAUGGACAAGAUAUGGCGUGACGUACUGUCUGAUGUGCUGUGACAGCACGGACUUUUGUAAUACCUUUAUCGGUGACCCUUGUAUUCCGAACGCGGCCGGAAUUAUCAGGGUCGACAGUUGUAGUUUAUUUUUGGCUAUUUUCGUCGCUUCACUUUUGUCAUGAAAUGAAUUAUAGAAGAAUCUUAAUUAAAGGAAAUUUUGUGCCUUGUGUCGCUAAAAGUUGACAUCAAAGGACGCAAUAACUGAAAA